CGAUCACCAUGUCCGACGUGCCCGCCAUUGAUGAGGACCUGCAGUCGCGCCAGAUGGCAGUGUAUGGCCGCGAGGCGAUGCAGAACCUCAAGCGUGCGAACGUGCUCAUCUCUGGCCUAAACGGCCUGGGCGCCGAGGUCGCAAAGAAUGUGAUUCUCGCCAACGUCAACUCGGUGACGCUGCACGACGCCUGCGCCGCCGCGCCGGCGGAUCUGGGCUCGCACUUUUACCUCAGCGCGGCAGAUGUCGGCCGGAACCGCGCCGAGGCGUGUGUGCAGCUCAUGCAAGAGCUCAACCCGUCGGUCCGCGUGGCGGCGCUCAGCGGCACGUUCCCGACUCAGCGGCUGGCAGAGUGGAACGUGGUGGUGGCGAUCGACAUGGCGGAGGCGGACGCCGUCAAGCUGGACGCCCUCUGCCGCGCCGCCUCGCCUCCGAUCGCGUUCCUCCGCGCCGACGUCCGCGGCCUCUGCGGCUCGGUCUUUGUCGACCUCGGCCCCGAGUUUGUGUGCGUCGACCCGACUGGCGAGGCGGUCAAGUCCGCCAUUGUGGAGCGGGUGGACGUGGCCGGGACGAGCGCCUCGGGCGAGACGAAGCUGACCAUCCAGUGCGUCGACGACGAGCCCCUCGAUCUCGACGACGGAGAUCACAUCUCCUUCUCCGAGGUGUGCGGCAUGACUGGCCUCAACGGCGCCGGAGCGCUGCCCGUCUCGGACGUCUCCAAGGGCAAGAAGCGCUUCAGCGUGACGGUGCCUGCGGCGCAGCAGCUCGGCGGCGAGUACACGCGCGGCGGCAUCGUGACCGAGAGCAGGCAGCCAAAGCGCCUCUCGUUUCGCCCCCUCUCCGACUUUCUCGCGCUGCCCGGCGAGCUAGCGGAGGCGGACGACCCGGCGGCCAACGUCUGCUACGGCCGCUCCGGGCUGCUGCACCUCGCCUUCCGCGCGCUCGACGCCUACCGCGCGGCACACGGCGGCGCGCUGCCUCCGCCGGCGGACGACGCGGCGGCCGAGGAGCUGCUCGGCUUGGCGCGCGGCAUCAACGACACGGCGCCCGCCGACGCCAAGGUGAAGCAGCUCGACGACCCGAGCCGGAGCGGAGUGGUCCGGCUGCUCUCGCGCGGCGCCUGCGCGGUUCUCUCUCCGAUGGCGGCCAUCUUCGGCGGCGUAGUCGGCCAGGAGGUCAUCAAGGCCGCGACGGGCAAGUUCCACCCGAUUGUGCAGGGCUUCUACCUGGACGCGCUCGAGUGCGCGCCCGAGUCGCUCCCCCCGGGCGAGGUGUCUGCCGAGGCGCUGCACGCGGCGGGGAGGUACGCGGCACAGGCGGCCGUCUUUGGCAGAUCCUUCGUCGGCAAGCUGCGCGAGCUCAACGUCUUUUUGGUCGGCUCGGGCGCGCUCGGCUGUGAGUUCCUCAAGGGCUUCGCCAUGCUCGGCGUCGCGUGCGGCGACGGCGGCAAGCUCGCCGUCACCGACGACGACAUUAUCGAAAAGUCGAACUUGUCGCGCCAGUUCCUCUUCCGAAACCACAACGUGGGCCAGUCCAAGUCGCUCUCCGCCUGUUCGCGUCGCCCGUGUGCGCAGGCCGUCACGCGGAUGAACCCGGAGCUGCACGCGCGCGCGCUGCAGGACCGCGUCGCGCCGGAGACAGAGGGCGUCUUCGACGCGCCCUUCUGGCGCUCCCUCGACGUGGUGGUGAACGCGCUCGACAACGCGCGUCUCUACGUCGACGGCCGCUGCGUCCUCUUCACAAAGCCGCUGCUCGAGUCGGGCACGCUCGGCGCAAAGUGCAACACGCAGGUCGUGCUGCCGCACCGCACGGAAAACUACGGCGCCUCGCGCGACCCGCCCGAGAAGCAGGCGCCUCUCGCCACCGCCGCCCUCCCCACCACACCCCUCGCCGCCGCCACCGCCCCUCCGCAUCCCUCGCCACCUCCCUCGCCCCCGCCACCAUCGCCGCCACCCAGCCCACCUCCGCCGGACGUGCGCGUCACCUGCGGCGCGCCCGGCGGCUGCAUCGACGUCCUCGUCGCCGAGCGUGCCACCACCUUUGCGCAGUGCGUCGGCUGGGCGCGCCGCCGCUUCGAGACGUACUUUCACAACCGGAUCGCGCAGCUCCUCUUCAACUUCCCGCCCGACGCAAUCACCUCCCAAGGCGUCCCCUUCUGGUCGCCGCCCAAGCGGCUGCCCCGACCCCUCGCCUUCGACCUGGGCGACCCGCUGCAUAUGCAGUUCGUGCUGGCGGCGGCGCGGCUGCGCGCGCACCUCUUCGGCCUCGCCCCGCCCUCGCCGGACGCGUGGGGGGAGAGCGAGGUGCGGGCGCUGCUCGCCACGCCGGACGCGGCGGUGCCUCCCUUCACGCCGGCGAUGGACGCCUCCAUCGAGACGGACAACAAGGAGGAGGACGAGCGGCGCAAGGCCAAGGCCGCCGCGGAGGCCAUCCCCGACGAGCAGAAGAUCGCCGCGGCCACCGCCGAGCUGGCGGCUGCGCGCGGCUCGCUGCCGGCGGGCUUCAAGGUGGACGACGACACCAAUUUCCACAUGGACUUUAUCUCCGCCUUUGGUAACUUGCGCGCGCGCAACUAUGCGAUCGACGAGAUCGACAAGUUCCAAGCCAAGCUCAAGGCGGGCCGCAUCAUCCCGGCCAUCGCGACCGCCACGGCGAUGGCGACGGGCUUCGUGCUGCUCGAGUUGUACAAGGAGGUCGCGGGCAAGCCGCUCGAUCGCCGGCGCAACCUCUUCGCGAACCUGGCGCUGCCAGGGCCGCUCCUGUCGUUGUCGGAGCCGAUGGCGUGCGCAAAGAUCAAGUCGGGGCAGCGGUGGGACCCGGACAUGUACAUGGACGUGGACGAGGUUGCGUACCCCGAAGGGCACUCGCUCUGGGACCAGAUCCCCGUCCCCGGCGCGGCGAGCAUGACCCUCGAGGCGCUGCGCUCCUGGUUCACGACGCACCACCAACUCGUGCUCACGGAGCUGACGCUGAUGCACGGCGCGCACGCGCGCGCUCGCGCCCUUCCUGUUGGAGCGCUCACGCCCGGCACACCUCCCCGCGUCAGGCUCAAAGUCGGUGAGCGUCUUCUCGAGCAGCCGCUCGAUUGGCGACGCCGACGCCAACCUCGCGACGCCGCUGCCGCAGCUGAUCGCCUCAAAGACGGGCGCCGACACGAGCAAGAUGGCCUUCUAUGA